UUGACCUGAAAUUGUAAUUGUAAACGCGUUUGUAAAAUGCGUUUUGUGUAAUAACUUUAACCCCAUCUUUUCCACGAUUCCACGAUAAUGAACCUAAUAUUAUGUAAAUUGCGCCAUGUAACCAUCCGCAUUAAUCCAACUUUCAUUCCCUUCCCUGCACCUCGAAUCAUCCGUUUGAAUUAUUCAAACGCACGCGCUCCACCUAAUUGAAUUUUCCCCAAGUUACGUCACACUGACGACGAAAAGAAUCAUGGUCGCCAGGAGGUCGUGCACGCCAGCUCCUCCUCUUCUCCGAUUCGUCAACAAAAUAUUAGUGGUCGGUAAUCACUCGCUGGAGGAAACGAAACUCCUGGGCUGGUCGCGUGCCAGCAAGUAGUAAAACCCGUCGCGGGUCAGACACGAUACGAAGAACUCUCCAAUUAAUUAAGCGGCGUACAAAUCGACCGUUUCGUUAAACGGAGAGAGAAAAGAAGAAGAAGAAGAAAAAGAAGAAGAAGGAAAGGAAAAUAUCGGUAUUUCUUGCGGUGCUUUUGCAACAAGCGAAAGGGGAUCACGGUGAAAACAGAACAAACACGAAUUAUCCAUUAAUUCGGUUGCGGCCUUAAAGUCUGGAGGAGGUGGCUCGCGCCAAAAACUUCACGACGAUUCAACAAAAAAAGUAAAAGGAAAAAAAGAGUAAAGCGUUGGGGGUUGCCUCGGCGAUAUUUGCCGAGCGUAAAAUUGCUUUUGGCCGUGGAUCGCGAAAAGAAAAAUGAAUUUUAAAGCCCGGCUUUAUGGCCGUUUCUAUUGUUCCACCGAUUCCUUGGAGAAAAUCAAUUUCUCUUUGUUACAGCGGAAACAUCGGGCUAAUCGUAAUUGCGAUAUUUUCGAUCAGUGGCUUUUUCUUGUACAUAUCUUUGCGAUUAUCGUGUUUGUAGAAAAAAGAGAGAGAGAAAAAAAUGUCAACCAUCCAUCCACGAGAAAAAUAAUUACAGACUAUGAUAUUCGAAUCCGAAUUCAUUCGUAAUAACGCUUUAUAAAAUUAUUGAAAGCCAUUGAAUUUAUUUCCGGUCUUAUAAAUGUAUAUAUAUAUAUAUUUUUCAGCAUAGAAUUUUCCAUAAAUCUCUAAUCUCGGCCGCUUUCUUCAGGAAACUCUAUAAGCGAAGAACUCGAUAAGAAGCUUUUCUUGCAUAAAUAACUUGAAAUGGGUCACGAAAUACCUUAUAAUUAAUCCCAAACAAAAGUGAGAAGAAAGUACACAGAGAAAUAUUAAUAAAAAAAAAAAAAAGAGAGAGAGAGAAAAAAUUCUCUAACACGGGUCGAAGAAAGAGGGGAGGAGGGAUGGGGAGCGGCGUCUAGCCGCCUGUAGUCGGCCGUUUCGCAUAAAAGGGCCGCUAACGAAGCUCUGAUUGCAGGUCGGGGCGAUUUCGAUUGGACCGUGAUAAAAAGUCGGCUCGAGCAAUACGUCCGAGCUUGGGGCGGCCGUUGUAAAAGCGUACUAAAAAUAUAAUGCCUGCUCGCGCCGCGUUGGCGUGAAAACCGCGGCUCGUUCACGCGGCGUGUCUAUCGAUGUGACCCCGAUACCAGCCUCUGGAGAGGGAGAGGGAGAGAGAGAAAAAAAACAACCCCCGCUUUUAUCGCGAGCGAUAAACUGGCAACGCCCGGCGGAGAGCAUCAUCUCGAUGUUCUCCACGUUGUCGCCAGAACGUCUGCUUCUUCUGUAUAUUUGAAGACGAGAUGUGCGUUUCAACCUUCGAGAGGUGACUCCUAGAAAUUUGAAGAUUCAAAGAAGGACACGUUAUCAAUAAAUCCAGCUUUUUCUUUCUUUUUCUAAGGAUCUUAUAAGGAAAUGUCGCCCAACUCGCGCGUUUCGCGAAGUUUUUGAAAGAUCAGCGAGAUCAUUUCCCUCAAAAUACUUGCUCCUUUGUAACACUAUGAGAUAUUUUUCCUUUAUAAAAUUUUAUAAAGUUCAUAAAACAAAGUGCGAAGGAUUAAUAAAAUUAUCAUAAAAAAAACACGGGAUUAGCUUUGGAAGACAAAUUUUUUUAUUUCGUAGGGCAAUUACCGUUGCUUACUGUUUCGUUGGAAGGUGUUUUGCUUCGUCCUGUAACAUUUUUUCGAAAUGCGUUUUAUCUUGGCUCGUUCUAUUAAAAAAAAAAAAAUGCAACGCAUAGUGGUUAUUUAUAAACCAUAGGUACAUAGACGUUCUAUUUUCCCGUGCUGCUUUCAAAGAAGCCCGGUCCCAAGGAUAUCGUACGCUCCGCUACCUAAGGAAAACGUGUCACAUGGGGUUGAAAGUGCAGCUCGAGAAUUAUUGGCGGUUAUAUACAUGGAAAAGAGAUAUAUAUCGGUGGCCAGCUACCUGGGACUCGGAGUUUAGGAGGAGAGGAUGACGCGUGCCGUCGAAAGAGGAAGGGGAGGAGGAGGAGAAGGAGGAGAAGGAGGAGGAACAAUUAAUAAAUAGUUGAGGAGGGAAGUUGGAAGUGGGUGAGUGGAAAUUUUCUCCGUGGAAACUGGAGGAAUAUGGGGCAAAGAUCGUCCCCGUUAUUUGUUGCGAAAAUUUUCCUCUUGUCAGAUCUCCGAGAACGUGAUAUUUUUUUAGAAGAGCCCUGAACGUUCGCUAAUCUGCGAAUUUUAAAGCUGCUUUAACAUAAACUUUUUUUUCAUUUCUAAAUGAAAAAAGUAUUUCUAAAUUAAGAAAGGCUAAAAUUAUCUAUCCACGACGGAAUAAGAAAUUCUCUCUCUCUCUCUCUCUCUCGUUCUUGAUUUAUAAUAGAAAACUCUAAUAACAAAAGAAUAUCAGGAAAGAGGUAAUAAACUCAGAAUUAUGAUGUAAUAGGAUUUAAAGAUAGGAUAACUGACCGUUCAUCGAGGGAAUAAUAACCUAUCUCAAGAAAUAAUAUCUCUUGAAAUUGUCUUCCGUUGGUAAGAUAAAAUUUUCUUCUCUCGUUUAAAAAAAGAAAAAGAAAAAAGAUUGAACGAAAAAGUAUAUUCAAAAAAAGAGAGGAUCAAAAACUUAGAAUUAUGUUACAAGCGGAUGAUAUUAAAGGGAGAAUAAGUGGAUCUUUAAGCAAAUCCACGAAGGAAGUCUUUAUGAAACAGCUGACUCGUUGUAAAACUACCAGUCAGCAGAGUCCAGACAUAGCGAAGAAUAUCAUCCCCUUUAGAAGGGCUCCAGACAGACGAACCCUCCAGGCAACAGCCCUCUGUCCCCUCUCCCUCACCGACGACCGUCCCAUCGCCAUAGCAACCCCUUGGAUCCAGCAACCAGCCUAACCAACCGAUUUGCCCACCCUUUCAGUCCUGUUCGUUGUUCGAACAUUUACAUCAAACACGCCGUUUCUUUUUUUUCUCCCUCCUCUCUCUCUCUUUUUUUACGCACUCAAAAUCAGGCAAUCCUUUGUCUCCCCGUUGCGUGAUACAAUCCCGUGCGCACGGGGAGGGGGUGGAGUGCCUUUGCAUCGGCGAUUUCAAUUUACCUUCCAUUUUUGCGAUUGGGUUGGAUGUUACGGAUCGUUGCGUUCCACGUUGUAAUUGCAAAGUUUCCGUUUCGAAGGAACCGCUCGGAUCAAUCGCGAAGAAAGUUUAGACACUGCUCGUUGUGUUGCCUCGUAUCAGAAGCAAUCGCAUCGAUUCUGUGAAUCCGUUGUUAUCGCGAAAAACGCUAAAGCACUUCCGUUUUCUUUUCAACGGCCAAAGCUUUAGAUUCUAUCUCUAUACUGAUUACAAAUUCGUGCAAAUAGGUAACUUAACUAUUUGUUACUGCCAAUUUUUUUUUUAGACAGACACGAAUCUCCAAUUUUCAACUUGAUAUUAAAUUUCUAUUUCAAAAAAUUUUAACUUUAUCGAUUUUACCAUUUCAUAGUAAUACUUCGUUGCUUGUUAUUUCUAUUUCUUUUUAUCAGUUUGCGGAGGAAAGUUGUCGGAUAGGAUGCUUAUUUCGAAGACGCACUUAACCCGAGCAUAAAAUCACAUGGCCAGGAUAAAAGAUUCCCUCCCUAUUCAAGGACCGAUUACGAUAGAAAUCGUAGCUUCGGGAAUGAGGCAUGCCGUUUUCACAACGUGAACUCGCGUUUUAGAUUCAGCGAGCCGAAUGAUGAUCGCAAUCUUCGAAAUUGCCGCCACUUUUUUUCGCCGUAUCCAUCGCCUACGUCACGGAUCCGUUCUUUUCUUCGACCUUCUUAAAACGACCGACCACCAUCGACAUAUCGCCAGUCGAGUAUCGUGAUUCGUAACAAAAACUAGGACAAUAAACCAGGACGAGAACGAAUUUUUAAAGAACAAUUUAUCGUAAAAAAAGACAAAAAGGGAAAUCUUGAUCCAAGUGAGAAGAGAGAUGUUCACCUUCUUCGCAAGGGGCACGAGAGUUUUUCCAUUGUUAUUAAGCGCGUUUGCAGCUUCAAUCCUCGCUCAGGAUGCAAAAACUACGGUGUUUCCGCUGGCCGGAAAUGGCUCCGUUCUCGAAUCAUCGGUCAGAGUGGAAACUGCGCUUCAACAGGAUAUGACGCGUUCUUCCGAGCUUAUCGCGCAUCCCACCACCGCACCUGUCAAUAAUUUUCUCCUCGCGGCGCAAAGGCCCUACAUUCAUCUGAGGAGCGAUAACGUGCCGGCUUACGUGUACGAUCAUCCGCAUUUUGGAUAUCCGGUGGCCCACUCGAUCGAUUAUCCGGUUGGCCCAUCCUCCAAGCAGCUUAUGAUAGUCAGUUUCAUAGGUUUGUUGUUGCUGUUCGCUGUUAUUCAGAACACGAUCGUGAACGUGAAACGAAGAGAGCUUCUGACGGACGUGCUGUCGGCGAGGAGGAAGAGAGAGCUCUACGCUUCGUACAACUUUGAUUCCGUGACACCGGAACAGGAAGACGUGCUCGACGAGGAUGGCAGGGUGAGGUGCAUACAGAGGACCGUUUGCCUGGAGAAUCGAAAGCUCUUGAAGGCGUUCGGCGCAACCGGCAAGAUACUGGCCAAGUAUUUAACACGAGGCGUGGAGAAAUCUCUCAAGCCCUCAUCCGGAUGGUUCCGUUUGGUUCGGGACGCGGGCGAGGCUGGGAUGCGUGGCGAGGACUGUGAGGUGCUUUACAGGGGUUGCGACGAGCAGCAAGUCCCUUCCAAGGAUACGUCGCGAUAGAAUUGAAACUUAAGACGAUGAUAACACGUUUAAAUUUGGAAAUAAAUUCGCUCGAUCGUGCGUUUUAUUCAUUUAUCCAGAUGUGGAAUAUUUUUUUUAUGUUCUUCUUUUGGUUAGAGAAGAAUUGAUUUCGAAGAAGAAAAAUUACGAAUUAUCGGAUCGGUGGGAGAAAUGAAAAAAUCUAGGAUUCGACGAAUGAUUCGAAUAAUCUAGUUUCUUUUCUUCAAAAUGUUUUAUAUAUCUUUUCGAUAAUGAAGAUAGUUUUCGUAAAAAAAAAAAAAAUUGACAACGAACGCGAUAUUUAGAUUAUUCUUUUUGGAACAAAUCUAAUAAUAGAUGUAUCGGCUGAUUUUUUAUUUAAAAAAAAAAGAGGGGCAAGGAGGAAAGAUUGGAUCGAUCGAUCGGACGAAUAAAAAAGCGGGCGGUAUUAAUGACUUUUAAUUUUAAUUACAAUAUGCUGUGUUGUGUUUUUUUUUUUUUGUUCUUUAUCUGCUACAAACAUCGACAUCUAGCCUGAACUAUUUUAGAUAGCAGUCCGCUCUCUAUACACGCUCCAUUUAUACUCACUCCCUCUCUCUUUCUCUCCAAUCUCGUUCUCUCUCGUCGUCAGAAUUAUAAAAAAAUAUCAAAUCACGAACAGAAUGGAGACAAACCGCCGCACCUACUGCAUCACCCUUUUAUGUUUGCUACUUUUGUCCUCUUGUUUCACAUCAAUAUAUAUCUCGUUCUUUUCUUCGUUCGUUCGUUAUUUCUCUUCCUCUCUUUCUGUUUACCACCUCCCUUCGAUCUAUCUAUCUUACCACGAUCCUCCUUGUAUCCAGCCUCGCGUCACAACUAAUUAUACAAGUAACGCUAUACCAUUAUUAUCGUUUAUAUAACAUUAAGGCAUUACAUAUUUAUAAAUUCUUCGUGUUCACUCGCCACUAUACAGCAAUACCACGUUAAACUCGUAAACUUAUGCUUAAAUAGACGUGAGAUCGCUCGUUGCAAUAGUCCAGGCUUCAAAGGAAAAAAAAAAAAACACAAGAGAAAAAGAACAUUGUGUGUGAAACAGGCUCGCAAACCGGGCCGGAAGUGGUCUCGAUACACGCUGUCCUUUCCAAACUUAAAAAAAUAAUCCACUUCCUCGGAAUAUUUUCGUAUUUCGUCUUCUCUGUAUCUUUUUUUUUUUCUUUUUUCUUCGAAUAAUCUACUACUAGUUUAUCUUGACGACGAAGAAAUUUCUAUUAAAUUUUAUCCAUCUUGAUCGCGUUGAAUUCAUUUUUCUCUUUUUUUUUUGCCGCGCAAACAAACAAAAAGAAUUGGGAAAGAACGAAUACUCGGUUCGAAGACCAUCCGGUGCCAGAUGCAAUGCUCGCUCGCAUUCUUUGUUCCGGCUUUUCCUUCUUUCAUCCAUUCUCACACAACCCUUUUGUUUGCCCGCUUCUUUCACAUUGAACGCACAUCCGCACGCGCACAUCGUACACACAUGUAUACACGCAUACAUACACACACAAUAUCUCUUUUCUCUUUCUCUCGCUCUUUCUCUCGAUUAUCACUUUGCACGCACGCAGCUUAAAAGUCCAGCUAAUUAUCGUAUCGACAAUAAAUUAGACACAUUUGUCGAGGCAACGUAGUUUUGCACAGGCAGGCGGCAGACAGUUCACAAAAAAUAUCUCGAAACACUCAUAUUUUUUUUCAUUUUUGUUUUCGCAACUCUAUUUCCUUUUCUUGGUUUUCGAACACGCUUUAUUCGGCGGCAAAAGUUGACAAUUCGAAAAAUCGCCGCUCUCUUCCGGUGAUCGCAAGCCAAGAUAUUCCCCUGCGACUUUUUGUUUCUGUUGGACGAUCGAUCUGGCGAUCGAUCGAUCGAGGUAUCGGCUUUUUUCUUCUUUUUUUUUUUCUCUCUCUUUAUGUAAUGAAAAUUACUUAAACUAACCUUCUUGUCCGUUCCUGAUUCGCAUAUCUAAAUUCGAUAAAAUAACUAACAACGGAAGUAGUAGACGUGAAUCAAACGGAUAAAGUUUUUAAAAUAUGAUUAAAAAAUAUAAAACAGUUGACUCGAUUGUGUCAUCGGAUCGAUCGAUCCUCGUGUGGAUAAAACAAUAUCGACAAAUGUGUUCCGAAUAUAAAACAAAUAUAACGUUAUUAUCAAAAUCGAAAGCAGAAAUGUGUUCAACCCGAAAGAAGGUAUCGUUCAACAUGUACAAACAAUAGAA